GAGGCAAUUAAGUUAAAAUGAGGUCACUGGGGUGGGCCCUAAUCUAGUAAGCCUCUUGCAAGAAGAGGCUAUUUGGAUACAGACACAACAAAGGGAAGGUGGUAUGAAGACACAGGGAGAAGAUGGCCAUCUACAAGCCAAGGGGAAAGGCCCUCAGAAGGAACCAAUCCUGCUGUCACCUGGAUCUUGGACUUCUAGCCUCCAGAACGGUAAGAAAAUUAAUUUCUGUUGUUUAAGCCACCCAGUCUAUGGUACUCUGUUACAGCAGCCCUAGCAGACCACUUAGUGUGUAUGGUACUCAUGAGAAUCAUCCCAUCUUUUAUAGUUUGAAAGGGAGGUGCAUUUUCUUUGCACAUGUCUCCCCAUAUGGGAAUGCCUGGCGCAAACUACUUCUUAGGACCUGAACUCACCAUUUCUGGGUAAACAAGUUGUCACCAUGGUGGGGAACCUGGCCCUAAUCACUCUAAUUGGCCUAAGUUCUUACCUUUACACCUGAAUGCUAUGUUUUCUCUUCAACAAAUGCUUCAUGGAUUUCUGUUGCUGUUGAUGUUGACUUUUGUAUGAAAGAACAUCAUCUCCUGUGUUGGGUGCGUGACUCAGCUGACUUUCUUUCUCUUCAUUAUCAUCUCUAAAUACUAUGUGUUGACAUUAAUGGCCUGCGAUUGCUUUUAGCUAUUUAUAAUCCAUGAUUGUAUAAGGCACCACAUCUCAUCAGAUGUGUUCGGUGUUGAGGUUUGGGUUUGUGCAAGCAUGUGUGUGUGUGUGUGUGUGUGUGCGUGUGUGUGUGUGUGUGUGUGUGCAUGUAUGAGAUGGGAUUUGCUGAAGCCACUGCCCACACAGGACAGAAGCUUAGGCCAACCUUCUGCAAAGUCAAUGUCAUCAACCAUUAUCUAUAUGACAGCUUCCUGGUCCUCUAAACACCUUGUACCAGCACCUAUGUCAGUGAAGUGGUGGUUUUCAUUGAAGUGGUCAUUGCUAUCACAGUACCCAGUCUUCAUUUCUUUUCAUUUUCAUCCAAUUUGCUCAAGGCAAAUCAAAACCAUGUGGCACCUGCCUCUCUCACAUCAAUGCCAUUUCCCUUUUCUUUGGCUAGUAGUAUUCCUGAAUCAAACAUUCUCCAGGGUCUAUGAACCAAGGUCAGCAAACUGGUGAGUUUUCUAUUCCAGUGUGGGGGUCCAUGCUGAACUCCCUAUUUAAAGCCUGAGGAACAAAGAAAAUGCUGGUUAAAAUCCAGGAAAAGCAGUGAUCAUGUAAGGAGAUGCAGGUUUCUAUUUUAUUGGUGUUUUUUCACAGAGGGUUGUUGUCCCUAUGUCCAUUCUAUAGAUGGAGGAUUGUUCGAUCUUUCUUCUAAGAGACUCUUUUCAUCACUUCCCUCAUAGUUCCAGCUUGAACUCCUUCCUGUUGAGCAGAAGGCGAAAAGGGGAAGUGGAAAAAGAAAAGAGAAAUCAAGUUUCCCUGUGCCCUCCUCCUGCCAAGUUUGCCUGCUUUAGUGGCCAGCCUGACAUCACAGGACCAUUGGAUUUAAGUUGUGAAUUCUCUCUGGACACCAGUAAAUAUGGAAAUGCCAGUUGGGAGGUUUCCUUAAAGUGAGGGCUGUGGAGGGCUUCCGUGGGGUGCAUCUCUGGAUGUAGGAAGUCCAGUUGAACAGCCAUGGAAUGGGACAAUGACACAGGCCAGGCCCUGGGCUUGCCGCCCACCACCUGCGUCUACCAAGAGAACUUCAAGCGGCUACUGCUGCCACCUGUGUACUCGAUGGUGCUGGUAGCCGGCCUGCCACUGAACGCCUGCGUCAUUGCCCAGAUUUGCACAUCCCGCCAGGCCCUGACCCGCACAGCCGUGUACACCCUGAACUUGGCCCUGGCGGACCUGCUGUAUGCCUGCUCCCUGCCCCUGCUCAUCUACAACUAUGCUCAAGGUGACCACUGGCCCUUCGGAGACCUCGCCUGCCGCCUGGUCCGCUUCCUCUUCUAUGCCAACCUACACGGCAGCAUCCUCUUUCUUACCUGCAUCAGCUUCCAGCGUUACCUAGGCAUCUGCCACCCUCUGGCCCCCUGGCACAAGCGUGGGGGCCGCCGGGCUGCCUGGCUAGUGUGUGGGGCUGUAUGGCUGGCCGUGAUGACCCAGUGCCUGCCCACAGCCCUCUUUGCUGCCACAGGCAUCCAGCGUAACCGCACGGUCUGCUAUGACCUGAGCCCACCUGCCCUGGCCACCCACUACAUGCCCUAUGGCAUGGCCCUCACAGUCAUCGGCUUCCUGCUGCCCUUUGUUGCCCUGCUGGCCUGCUACUGCUGCCUGGCCCGUCGUCUGUGCCGCCAGGACGGCCCAGCAGGGCCUGUGGCCCAGGAGCGGCGUGGCAAGGCAGCCCGCAUGGCUGUGGUGGUGGCAGCUGCCUUUGCCAUCAGCUUCCUGCCUUUCCACAUCACCAAGACAGCCUACCUGGCGGUGCGCUCUACGCCUGGCCUCCCCUGCCCUGUGCUGGAGGCCUUCGCGGCUGCCUACAAGGGUACGCGGCCCUUUGCCAGUGUCAACAGUGUGCUGGACCCCAUCCUCUUCUACUUCACCCAGAAGAAGUUCCGCCAGCGACCACAUGAGCUGCUACAGAAACUCACAGCCAAGUGGCAGCGACAGGGUCGCUGAGUCCACCGAGGCAGGACACGUGGGGUCUGGGCAACCAUUGUGUUUGCCACUGUGCUUGGGGCACCAGAAGCUCCACCAGCCCCAAACCAUGCAGAGAAUUAGAGCUUAGCUCAGCUGGGCAUAGAGUGAGACCCCCAACAGACCCCAAAACUUCACCAACAACUAUUUUUUAAGCCCCUUUUCUGAACCAGGCCCUGUGGGUACAGAGAGAGACAAGCCUGGGCCUGGUUCUCCAGAAAGUCUCAAGAAGCCAUGGAGAGUUGGGGAGAGAGUUAAGCUGCUCACAGAAAUAUAGUAUGACAUGUACUGUAACUGAGGAGUAUGCUGCAUACUUUGGAGUCACCAGUAAAGGGAGUAAGAGAAGAUGGGAGGGGGAAGUGAGAGCUUCUGGGAAGGGCCAUUUGAGCUGGGUUUUGAGGGAUGAAUAUGAGAUCUCUGGGGGAUGUGCUAUGUUCCAUUCAUUCAUUUGGUACUCCUCUGCCGCUCCUCAUCCUCUCUGCUCCUUGUCCUCAUCUCCACGCACUCCCGCCCCAUCCCCGCUCACUACUCCUCCAUUCCUUAUUCCCUCCUCCCAGAUCUCAGUUUUCCUCCUGUGGAACAAUCUGGCCAGCCCAUGGCUGCUAGUAUGCCACACAGACCCAGUACUGGCAGAACCAGCCAUGGCAAAGGGAGUCUUCCACCUUAGAAGGUUAGAGCAGAGAGAGGAAAGGGCAGAGGAACAAGGCAGGGAGGGGAAGGACUGUACAACUUCUUCAGUAUUUUUCUUUUAGCCCUGCCUAAUCGUCAAGGCUGUUCAGCCAAGGGGACCUUUAGAGAAGGGCUCUGCAGGAGUUAAACUCCACAGUAAUGUCCGAGGUAUGCUUGCAGCUGGUGGAGGAAGGGGGAAAACCAGGCCCCAACCCAUCUUGGGAAUCCAUUGAAAGUGUCCUUGCUGGAGAGGCUGACAAUUUGCACAGAAGGCAAUUUGAUUCUUUGGGUCACAGUGAGAUAGAUGUGUGGGGACAUCAGAAGACAGAGACUGGUUCUGAGUCCCCAUAUAGUGCAAUGCUGUGCCAAGCAGUCCAGGUGUUACCCAUCUUGCAUCUCAGACCAGGCUCUUCAGCUGCCUGUCACGGGGGAGUAAGAGAUGGGGGAGCAGAAGGCAGAGGGCCUCCGCCAACGGCGCAGGCUGAGCACGGCAGCGAGUCCUAAGUCCCGGAUGACUGUCCCAGCAGGAUGCCAAGGACUGUGACCCCUUGGUUACUUUUCCAAGAGUGGAAAUUGUGGGCCACAGGUAAAUUCCAUUCCCAGCUUCCCUUGCAAGGCAGAAUAGCUAAAGGGUUCAGACCCCAGAGCCAGAUCACCUGGGUGUGUAUCCUGGGUCUAUCAUUUACUAGCUGUGUUACUCUGGGGAAGUUAUUUAACUUCUUCAUACCUUAACUUCCAUAACUGUAAAGUGGGAGUAAUAAUGGUACCUAUUUUGUAAAGUUGUUGUGAGGAUUAAAUUAACUAAUAUGUGCAAAGCACUUAGAACAAUGCCUGGAACAUAGUAGGCAUGCAAUGCAUGUUACUGUUAUAAUGGUUUCUCCUUUUGCUCACACAAGUUGUUCUAGGGCCUGUCUCUAGGAAUAGGCAUAGGAGGUUUCUAAGCAAGGAGCUUUAAGCAGGGGGGAUUGCAAGGGUUUUUCUUUCUCCUUUAGCUAGGAGGCAGCUAGUCUUUUAAGAAAAAAAAAUUCAGCACACUUUUUGAGAAUAAGAGCCAUAAUCCAUGAGCCCCAUCUGUUCCUCUAAGAAGGAAAAAUCAUUUAUUACAUGCCAGGACCAGGGAGGGAUUCCAAGCACCAUUUAGGGGGCUUGAAUUCCUCCUUCCCUUCCCCCUCCUUUUGUUCUUUUCCUCUUCCCCACCACCCUUCUCCCUUCUCACUUUAACCCAGAGCACUCUCAGUGAUGGAGGGGCAGGGCAGCGGGGGGGGGGGGGCUUACUCUGGGCAGGUCUGCUUGCUGGCAUGGGGACAGAGACGACACAGACAGGGGUGGAGUAUGGUGAGGGGCAGGAGGGACCAAAGGGGUUGAGGAAGACUUCCUGGGCGAAGGAGCGGUGCAGCUGGGUCUUAAAGGAUAGAUGUUAUUACACUGAAGGAAAAAGGGUAAGCGUGUUCCCUGGUGCAGGGAACAGCACAAACAAAGGCAUGGAGGCUGCCAGAGGAAGGAUCGUUGGGGCUGUGGCCUGAUGUGAAGCUGGAGAGUUAGCAGGGCUAGAGAGGAAAAGGCUGCCGGCCAGGGAAGCACUGGGGAGGCACAAGGACAGUAGUGGCCAUUGGCUGGGCUGUGUGGAUUCCGGAAACCAUGUAACAUGUGGUAUACUCAUUUUCUCAUUUAAUCCAUAUAAUACCUUAUAAUGGGGAAGCUGAGACCCAGGUGUGGGAACUGCCUUACCAAGGUCACACAGCCUUUCUCUAACCCAAAUACUAGAUCCUCCCCUGCUUCACCCUCCCUUCCCUCCCCUUUCCUUUCUUCACCUGACUUCCAAGUGCCCACCUGCCCCACCCAGUCCUAGUAACUGGGGACCCCUAGAAAGUUGUGCCAACCACAAUGUCAGUUCUCUUUUAGUUAGGCACAGUCUCCUAGGAUGAAAACUUCAUUUCCUAGCCUCUCUUGCAGCUAGGUAUGGCUAGAUAAAUUACUCCUGGUCCAUGGGAUAUAAGCCAAAUGCCCUGAGGCAGUUUAAUAUGGGAGGAGGGAAUGACUUUAAGAGACAGGUGGUGUCUGGCCUCCCUUCCCUUCUUGUUGCUUACAUUGUGACAUCACAGCUGGAGCACCAUCUUGGAACAUGAGAAGCAGCUUGCGUUUCUGACCAUUCCAGUUUGGGGUCACCUAAAUCCAGACU